AUGCGGUCCGAGCCACUACAGGCCGAAGCCUCGGAUUCCUCGUCUUCAUCCGUCUCGAUACCCUUCGAGGAGAUCGCUCGAUCUAGCCGCGCCUUGCAGUCCUCUUACCGCCGGUUCUUCUUCUUCCACGUCCUAUCGCUCCUUCCAACUCUGGUGAUCCUGAUCGUGGCGCUUUGGGGCACCAUCCAAACUCGCGAACUUUGCCAUAUUCAGGAUGAGUUUACUUCAAUCACAAAGUCUCGACUACAUCCAGCGCACUCGGUCUAUCAAAGAGGACGAUGUCGCAGCAUCCUCGAUGGACAGCUGCUCGCUUCCACUCUGGCACUCGGUCUGGUUGGCUGGCUCGCGUCUUAUACCAGCCGUAAAGCAUGUCUUGCGUUUGCGGAUCGACUCAUACCCCGGCUGCUUUCGUCGUCGCUCUCGCUGUUUUCUCGCUCACCACGGUUUCAGCUUCCGAGGAGCGAACAAGGUUCAGGAAAGGACAGUCUCAUCGUCACGGUCGCCAUCGCGAUGCAAGCGUUGAUUGCCGAAUCGUUGCGCGUCCUUUCCUUCUACUGGGCCUGCUGCAUCCUCGUCACGGCGCUUUACCUGUAUCCUAUCCAGGAGCGGAACUCGCACCGUCCACACGCACUCGACUCGAUAGCACAGAGUUUAGCAACAGCAAACACAGGGCCCGACUGGGCGUGGAGGCUCAGCUUCCGUGAUCCGCGAUUCUUUGUGGCGGCUUGGUCGUCGAUCGCAUGGGCAUUGGCAGAGUUUGGAUUCGGAGCUUUCCAGAUCCUGCAUCAAGUCGCGCUCUACAAGCCGGUCGAUGUGGAGGAGGAGUUGAAGACGGACGUUGCCGAUGGCGAUCGACCAGUUGCAGGUCAGUCGGGCUUCAGUCUGCUCUCCGGCCAUCCUGGGGCGAAUAGCGACCGAGUAUCGACGCCCGAACGCAGCACUGGCAAAGCGAGACGCAUGUCGGCAUCCCGGGCGCUCGAACAAGCACGGCAGCGCUUGGUGCAGCCUUCGACAGAAUCGACCGCAGCGUCACGGCAGCAGAACUACGGAGCAAUGGGAUCGCUCAAUGAGGCAGUCGAGGAGGCGAGCCACAGCGACGCCGUAACAGACGACGACGAUGAAAGCGAAAGCUCGAGAGCAAGCGAUUCCGACUUUUCCGCCACCACCAUCUCGCUGUUGGAUCAGGAGCUCGAGGAAGAAGUUGAAAGAUUCUUGGUAGCAAAGGAGCGGUCCGAAGUCGAGGCUGUUCUAGGCGUUCCACUGCCAGAGAUCCCCGUGGCACUGUGCGCCUUGUGGCGGAUCGAUGCGAUGCUAUGGAGCAUUGGCAGCAGCCUUCUCUUGUCCGCAUCGUUCACACAUGCUCAAGGUGCACUCGGUCACCUUUCGCAUGAUCGAUUCGAUUUAUCUUCCCACUUUAACCUUUUGCCGCCGUUUGGAGGAUUUGGCAUCACAUUUGGCGUUCUGGUGAUUCUGCACACCAUCGUCUCUUCGCUCUGGGCUACGUCACUGCCUUUGGUUGGCUUUGCCACGACGACGUAUGCGUCGCUGCUGUUCGGUCUCGCUAUUAUGGUUGCUAGUCUCGCACGUUGGGGCUUAUUGAUAUGA